AUGUUAUUGCGUCGUGAUGAAUUGCAAAAACACGUGGCUGAAGGCAGUCUUAGUGUAUCUGGCAGUAAUGAUGUGUUGACCUUGGCUUUGGGUCCCGAGCAUCCAGGGAGAGUAAGAGGGGUGGGUGCUGGGAUUUCCCCUAGGCAAUUCUUCAAUUUACCUAGACAACAGAGGGUAAAGUUUGCCGAUCAAUUGAAGGAAAGUGUAAGAAUUGUCCUUCAAGAAGAUACUAAGAAGAUGGAAGCUAGAUCAAGGGAAGAGACUUUAAGGAUGGAGGCUAGAACCAAGCAAUUGGUAGAGGCUGAGAGGGAACAUUUACUGAGUCAGCUUUCCCAACUCAUCCCCAAUUUAGAUCCAAGCAUGCUUAAACCGAAAACUAGCCCCUGUCAAAACCAAGGUGUAGAGCAAAGUCCCAAAAAUCCAAUGUCUGACAAAGCAAGCUGUUCUGGGGCUGAUGUGAGAUCCCUACAUUUAGAGGAUGAUAUUGCCAAAAAUGGGGAACAGCAGGAAGAAACGAAAAAAGAUGAAGAGAAAAAGGAAGACAAAAAUGAUGAAGAGAAGAAAGAAGAAAAACAAGAUGAAGAAAAGCAUGACGAAGAGGGUAAUGAAGUAGUUGAUUAUUCAAAUGUGGAGGUGUCAUCUUCUUUACAAUCCCUUUGUCGUUAUGUGGAAAUGACACUAAAGCCUCAGGAGAAGAUCAUGACCUUCAUAAUUGAGAAGGAGGUGUUUGGUGCAUAUCGCAGUACCUUCGUCUUGGAUGAAGAUAUUACACAGUUUGCAGGCAUGGAAGAAAUUGGGGCUACUGUGGUUGCAGUAUAUAUGAGGUGCUUAUAUGAUCGUUUGAGAGAAGCAAAUAUGUGUAGCAUGGUUGGCUUUAUCGACCCUGCUCAAGUUAGUGCCAACGCUGGGUCACUAACUGACAGAUCACGAAUUGUAGCUAGUCGACUUCAAAAAACAGAUGGUGAACAUAUUUUCAUGAUGCCUUACAAUCCAAGCCGUCAUUGGGUCUUGCUGAUUGUGAGAGCAAAGAAGGAAACCGUCUAUUUUCUGGAUCCUCUGCCUGGAAAUCGUGUGGUUGAUGAGGAGGGCAAAAAACAUCGCACACCAAAGCAACCUAGCAGUGUCGAAUGCGGGUAUUAUGUGAUGCGCUUCAUGAGGGACAUCAUCAUGGAUCCUUCCUUGGAGUUUGAGAAGAAGUUUGCCAAGGGAAAAGAGUAA